CCUGCGCGCGGCUACACGCGUUACAGUCGUGACUCGAAAUUCUCAGUACGCGUCGGACUGUCACUUUGGUGCGACCCGAGCUCUACGAUACAUCUGUCAUUCACGAAAUUGUUAUCACGCGUAUUUGUAAGAUUGAAUAUAUCGAGGGAAAAUAAACGUGAUUUUCCCUUCUGCAUAUUUGAUGAAGUGAUUUUUUGAAAUUCGGUCGGAAUAUUCCGCCCUAAAGAAGACAAUUGUGAUACAACAUGAGGCAAAGGAGAAUUCUCCAUCGUCUGAUCAUAGCACUGACCAUUACUACUUUUGUCGUUGCAUCGGUUGCUGGUGAAGAAAACAGUAAGGAAACGUCUGCGGAGUCAGAAGGCGGAGUCUCGGAUGUGACGACGGAGGCGACUGGUGAUGCUGAGUACGAAGAGGAUGAGGAGGAUGAAACUGAGGAGGAUGUGGAUGAGUAUGAGGAGGAGUUACGUGAGGUUGCCGAGUCACACGAGGCAAUGUCCAGGGACGAACGUGGCAAUUCAACGUCUGGAGUGAAUCAUUCGGAGGGCAGUGCCAUUGGUGAUGAGACAAGAGGCACCAGGAAUUUUGAUUCACAGGAGAAGAGCACAGAGGACGAUGAGGAAAUGGGCUCUGACGAAAGUAUGACGUCAAACGAAGCUAUAAGUGAUGAAACUGAGGAGGAAAGGGAAAAGGGUAUUGAGUACAAAAGAACAUCCGAGGGAAAAUCGAAACGCGUUCCAACUGUGAAGAAGGAGCUGAGCAGCCAGAAGGAGCUGAUCAUCAACGAGACGACUGGUGAGUCACCGGAAAUUGUUGGGAGAUUGGCAGAGAGAAGUGUGGGAUAUUCACCAGGGAGAACACGGGAGAUGAUUGACAACGAUUUGGGGGAGGAGUGGGUACAAGCUGAGAGCUUGAUGAAGCUGCUGGUGAGGCUUGCUAAGAAUCCAGAACGGUGGGAACGAGCGCACCGACUACUGACUAUGAAGGAUCCCGAUGACGAUACAGAUAUAUCCUCACUGGACUCUCGAAAGCGAGGCUACCCCGCUGAUUUUCCCCUCUUUACAACCCUAUCCCCUCAUCCCACCAACCAAAAACCACCACCAAAGAAGCCCAAGAAGAAGAAAAAAAAGAAGAAGAAGCCACAUCACCAACAAACUACCACUUCCCCUCUGCCAAUUCUAACCACCCAGACAAUUCAACCAAAAUCAGAAACCCACUGGAGAUUAGUAGCUGAACGUCUCUUCGGUCCUGAUUGGUCAGCUAAUCGUAAGGAGCCAACAAAUAUAUCCAAACUUCACUACCCAAAAUCUCCAAAAUUACCGGAUCAUCACGACAAAUAUUCAAAUGAUAGAAUGCGUAUGGAUUAUACCCGAAAGUUUCACUUUGGUAAAGUAAACACCCACGAGAAGGGCUCACCCUUGAAUCAACAUGACUCGGCAUCCAAUUACGAUAUGCCAACUAACACAGGCUCUCACGUACUUGAUUACGAUCUUCCGGAGCGUAGUUAUCAAAGGCCAAGGGUCACAGACAGGUACGAUCGAUAUCACCAUUACAUCAACAGGAUCAGGGAUUUUGGUGAUGACAGUAUAGAGGAUUACGAAGAUACUUAUCCGGACGUUGACUAUCAACGUCAUCAAGGCUUGUUCGGUAAAUCAUGGGGAUACUCGGGUUACGAGCCGUCUAGAUCGAUGGAGGGUUAUUAUGACGAGAGUAGACAGAAUUUUGGCAGAUAUCGAUCUAAACCAUGGUCAGUAUGGCGUCCAAUCAUUCAAGUGGAUGAUGAGGCUAUUGGUAAUCAAAGGUUAUACAAUAAAUUUGGUGCCCAGUGGUCGUCUGACAGGAGUGUCGAUACACCCUGGGGUCUGAUUACCGAGCAACGAAGUAAAAUAUUCAGAAAUCCAUCAGCUCCAUUGACACUCACCAAACAUCAUGAAAUUAAUGAAACAACUAAGACAAGAUCCAACAAAGACAAUUCUCUAACCAGAAGUGGAAUGAAAUCUUGGAAGGCUUCGGAGCCAACAAAAGCCGUUGUCCUGCCAAAACUCACCAUGAAAACUUGGAAUAGUUUGACAUCAGAUCCAGCUACGUGGCCCUUCAAAUUAUCAGGUGCGAAACCCUGGCCCAAGGACAAGAAUGGAAAGACAUACAACCCUAACGCUGAACUUGUGAGAAAGUUGGGUCUAGAUAAGCAGAACAGAAUGCUUGAUAAAGACGAUAAAUCCCAAAAAGACAAGUCUGAAAGCAACGAGAUGGAUAAAGCCACAAGUCUUCCGCAGAGGGAUGUCUCGGGAGCAUGGAAGAUAGGAGGUAAGACCUCCUGGGGAUCACCCGAGGACAAGACCACCUGGGGUGAUAGUUUGGAGAUGGGAAAAUUGACUGAUUGGAACGUUCAAUUUGGAAAGCCCAGUCAAUCAUCCACUUGGACACCAAGAUGGAAGCAAUUUUCAUAUCACAAGGUCAAUGCUGGACCUGUAGCUAAACCUGGUGGAAAUUUGGAUGGUAAUAAUAAAGCGAGAAAUGCUUUUAUUGCUAUGUCAGCAGUUACUCCCCCCAGAUUUUCCGGCAACGAGUGGAGGAAGAAUGACAUUGAAGAGACUGUUGAUCGAUCGGACAGUAGUGUUGACAGGGAUGAUCCUGCCAGUCAGAUGUUAGCGAGACAGGACAAUCCAUUGGGACGUUGGAUCAAAAGCACAAAUUUCAAAAGACAGGAGAGACAGAACAUCAACAGAACGGAUGUACUUGAAAAUCAACUCGAGGAGCUGAGGCACAACGAGAAUAAUCUAGUACCAUCGACUCAAGCCACUUACUCGACAGUGUCACAAUCAACUAACAGCACCACAAGUCCCACAAAGUCAACUAGCAACAGUGUGGAGCACACCAAAGUAAAUCAAAAGUCAAAUCACACGAUAAAAUGAAUUGAUUAUUCUACGAAACUUCCACUGGACUCAAUCAUUCAACCAAACUGGGAUAUUUCCAUUUGUACGUUAUCACUGACUAAAUUAUCAAUUACUGAGAAACUUUGAAUACCAUUUGUUUAUCAGCCUAGCAACAAUUGUUUAUCCCCUGUUCCCUCAACCGUCGUGAAAUUAAGUCGUUAAUCUGUUAAAAUUCAAGUUAAUUGAAUACAUUAAAAAGGGAACACGAACAUAGUUGCAUUGACAGGAACGAUGAACAUCCCCAUCGAUCCCUAAUUUUAUCACAGGGAUUAACGAGCUCUGCCCCUCCCUCCCCUAAUAUAUUUGUAUUCGCCGUUAAGAUAAAUAAACUUUAUGUACAUAUAUUACGUUCUCACGAUUUAAUGUGUCCAGAGAAUAUUCAGUGUUGUAUCUAAUUAAUAAUUGUUUUAAGAUAAAAGAGAAAAUAAUGAAAAAUAUUAAUAAAAGGACACUGUUGUACUCGUGCACUUUAUAAAAUGAACAGACACUAAACAAUUUCGAGAAAAACAGUAUAAAAAAUAAUAUCCGAGUCCCUAAUCGAAAACAAAACCAGCUGAAUAUUGUAUAAUUAAAAAAAUUUAAUGAAACAUAGAUUUCAAAGUCAUCCCGCACAUACCACAUAGGCAUAACCGAAAAAAAAUCCUAUCGAAGCGGAAAAAAAAAACAAAAAAAAUCAUUUGAGAAAAAAAAAUGAAGAAAUACAAAUGAAUAAAUGUCAUAUGUUAUGUA